AUGGUCAUGCUUGAUUCUGGUUUCACUCCUCGCGAUUGCCCAGUUCUCGCUGAGAAGCUUCGUAAUGUUCUCAAGACGAUGGUCAACGACUUUGUGCAACGACAUAAAAUCGAGGUACCCAUGUCUUGUGUAGGAUGGAUUGUGCCAGACCCUUCCGAAACAUUGGCUCCUGAUGAAGUGCAAAUUCUCUCAAAGGAUUCGAAAUUCCGCUGUCCUGAUGGAACCGAGUCAAAUGUUGUGUUGGGUGAUGUCCUGGUCAAAGCUGUUGAGAAACCGGAGCUCAGGCGUUACACAGACAUGAUAGUGUGCUCUGUGCAGGGAACUCGCUGGUUUGCGGAUCUUCUUGCUGGAGGCGGUUACGAUGAGGACAAGGCAAUUGCUAUUUGGCAGCCAUCCAUAGUGUCGCACUUCAAAAAUGCCGAUCUCAAAUACUCUCAUCCGCCUGAUAAUCUCUCAGAGAAUUUCCAUAAAAACACCCUACGAGUCGACGAUUUUUUGGAACAGCAUCAAGGAUGCAAAUUUGAUGAUGUGAUACCCCGCCUGCAGUCAUUUUUGUUAGGAGGAUUGCGCGACAUAUCGUCAGUCGGAAAGUACUCGAACUUACACGACGUGACAGUGUACACCCUUGGAUAUGCGCAUAAUGAAACCAUUCGCUUGGCUUAUAUGUUUUGCAAUAUUCUUGACGGUGCGAAGAGUGGUUUGACCGUUUUACCGGAGGUCAUAAAGAGCGAUACAAAGCUCUACCACAAGUGCUCUCCAGAGUGGAAAGAGUGUGGGGAGGAGAAACCGGAAACCAACGAAAUGAACGCCCAGCGUCCCAAAGGCAUGACAGAAUUUGUUAUGGAUGCAAUUAUGAGCCAUGCCUGGAACCACCGGGACCUGCAACUGCAACAGGUCGACAUCGCUUUUUCCAGACACCAUGGUCACCGAGAUUCCGCUCUCGAGAAGCCAUGGCAGGAUGCUGAGUCAAGGCUGCAGCGUGUGAAGUGCAACAAUGAGCACGCUGCUUUGACAAUGGAAAUGGAACUAUCCAAGAUACGCAAACACGUCGAAAAGAUGCGUGAGGAGUACAGGAAGAGCAUCCGUCGCAGUUUCUCUGGCCUUAAGAUUGAACGGUGA